UUUGAUAUCCAUGUGAUGAGUGUUUAAUCUUUAUCCUUCGAAAAUAUUUAAUUGAAUCCACCUGUCGCCAUGGGUAUCCUGGGCCACCACAAUCUCGACCCUGUCGCCGAGCCUAUCGCCAUAUUUGAACAAUUUGUCGCGAAGGAGCCGCAGACAUUAGUCCUAAGAGAAAAGGUGCUCUCCGUCUCUGGGGAUAGCUUCGAAAUCAAACUAGCAAAUGGUGAGACAUUUCUAAAAGUGCAAGGAGCCUGGGUAUCACUUUCUGGUCGCAAGAAGGUCGAGGAUGCCCAUGGCAAGCACCUGUUUGAUAUUGUCAAGGAGCUUUUACAUAUCCAUUCGACCUACGCAAUCGAAGACACCCAUCACAAGAAGAUUUGUGAGGUCAAGAGUAAUCUCAGAUUGCUCGGCUCCAAAGCCACUGCCAGUUUCACUGAUAGUAACGGCAAGGCAGUGACUCUCAGUAUGAAAGGAGGCUGGUUCGAUCGUACUGCCGAUAUUGUCGACAAUAAAAGCGGCCAAACUGUGGCUCGCAUUGACCGGAAGCUGCUUAGCGGCCGCGACCUUGUGUUUGGCCAGCAGACCUACGCCGUUGUUGUGGCACCUGGUGUGGACGCAGCACUGAUCGCCGCCUUGUGUAUUUGUUUUGAUGAGAAGAACAAUGAGGAACGAGGCGAAUAGUAACACUGGCAUCCGGUCAAAGGGUUAUACCUGAGGCAUUAGAAUAUGGCCUAAGGCACCCACGGAGUUAGUUAACUGUCAUUUUCCUGAAUCCUGAACUAAAAGGUUGAGCUGCCUGAUUGUAAAAGAGGUAUUACCUUGAUCGAAAAAAUAUAUAUUCCAAUUUGAAAAAAAUCGUAUCGACACUCAAGUUCAAGCGAGAUUUCAAUGAAGUCGACAUGGACGAGAUUUCUG